GCUGCUCGGAGAAAGCUUUUCUUUUUUCAUCUCGAACGGCUGAAAAAUCGCAGGCGUCGUCAGUGAUCGAGGCCCGCGAUAACGCGCUCUCGUCGUCCACGUCGAAUUAGAAUAAUGAUGGACGGUUGUCGUUGGCCGGGCAGGAAGUGAUAAAGAUUACGUUCAGCGACCCGGCCGCGUGCGUGACGCCUCGUGAACGCGCGCGAUUUUCACGGAAAAGGGCCGCCACGGAUGCGGCGGCAUAUUCCAAGGAGCAAGAAAAGAAUACGACACACUGAGUCACGUGCGAACCAGUCCCUCCCACUUGCGGACGCGGUGCCGCGGAUUUCAGUGCACUGAAAAUCGUAACAUCGCCAACCUCUGGCAGCUCCGCUUCCUCAAACGCCUCGUCCUUUCUUCUUCGUUGGUAAUCGAACGUCGCCGAGUAUCGUCGAGGGGAGAUCGGCAUCGAGAUCCAGAUCGGAGAUAUAACCUCGCUGGUUAUCCCACAGCAGGAUUUCAUGCGAACGCAGACCAAUUGCAUCACGGUGAAUGCCUAUGGACGCGGGGGAUCGCGAGUGAAACGAAGAUCGGGAAGAUCGGGAAAAUCGGCGAGCAACGAACGGUGUCGCCUCGGAAAACCAUAGACGCGCGUGUUGAUCGGCGCCCUGUGCGGUGACGAGCCGCGUACGGGCCUGGUGCACGUUUUCGCCGGCACGGCACUUGCGAAAAAUUCAGCUCUGCCGUGCAGCCGAGUUAAUCAGGAAGCACACACGUUUUUCCACGACACGCGCGGAGCACACGAGAUUCGACUAGCGACUAGCGACUGGCGACCACAGUGUCUCGUCCUCGGCGUUAGCGUCAUCGUGUGGAACCGCGAACGAGUGUGCGGUCGGAACCAUGCACGCGGAGAUCAGUGCUCGUCAGUCGGGAGAUCUCUGAAAGAAAACGGCAGAAAGUGGGAAUAAUCGACGCGCUGUGUGUACCACCGGCCGGACAAUUCUUUCCACGCGUCAUCCAUCAUUUCGCGGUGGUGUUUCGUCCGAUCUCUUUUAUCCACCGCCUCUCAACGAGGCGGCAGUUUCGUCGGGGUGAUAGGUGCGCGAGUGAGUGAAACGAGAAAAACUGACCGGUCUCGCGAAUUAGUGUCGGAUGAACUGGAAACACCGUUCGUACGAAGUGAAAGAGGAUGGUGACGAGAACGACGACGACGACGACGACGACGACGACGACGACGGCGACAACGACGACGACCAAGACGAAGACGACGACGACGGUGACGAGUACGAGUACGAGCACGAUCAGGACGACGAUGACGCGAGGCUGGUAGAUCGAAGAUCCACUGGACACGAGUUUAGGUUCAGAACUCUGACCGGUACACGCUUUAUGCCGCAAACUAACAAACCGAAAGCACGCGGAUUGGAGGAAAAUGGCUGAUCCGGACUAGACUCACGCUACUCUCCCUUCUGCUCGUUCUUUCUCUACCUUCCAAUCAUCGCGUCGUUUUCCAGCUUUCUUCGUUGCUUCGCUGAUCUCACGAAAAGCACGCUUCCUUCUUCCCGCUAGACUCCGCAACAGAAUUUUUCACUGGUUACAAAAAUACGUAUAUAUACGUGUAUUAUUUACGAGCAAAAGUUUGCAAAGUGAUCGUGGAUAUUCGUUCGAAACGCGACGAAACUCUCGAGGAUCGACCGUAAGCGAGUCAUGCCAGGCUUUUGUGCAACGAUCGAUCGAAUAGGUGCCGGAAGGAGAGUGGGUGGUGUACGGAAAAUAGAGAGAGAGAGAGAGAGAGACAGAGAGAGAGAGAGAGCGAAUGCGAGAGAGAGAGAGGGAGGGAGUAGCGCGAUGAUUAGUUGCAGUGUUUUGGAAAACAAUGCGCAAAAUUUCGCCGGUGAUAAAUAAUAAAAGAGCGAGUAAAAGUGUAACGUCGGGCAAGAGUGAAGUGGCGUGCAGGUCGUGCGUAUGAAUAAACAACCCGGGCAUAUGUAUUGUCCAUUAACGAAUAAAAAUUAAAUAAAACACGAGCA